CUCCAGUCAGCAGCCACAGCAUCAAUAUUUCAUCCGCGUCAAUAAGAGGCAGAGGCAGCAGAGGCAGCGGCUGAGGCAGCACUCCAGCCCACAGCUUGCAGCAGCCGGGUCCCAUCCUCACAACCACCAUGGACGUCUUCAAGAAAGGCUUCUCCAUUGCCAAGGAAGGCGUUGUGGGUGCUGUGGAGAAGACCAAGCAGGGAGUGACAGAGGCAGCUGAGAAAACCAAGGAGGGGGUUAUGUAUGUGGGCACCAAAACCAAGGAGAACGUGGUACAAAGUGUAACCUCAGUGGCUGAGAAGACCAAGGAGCAGGCCAAUGCCGUGAGUGAAGCUGUGGUCAACAGCGUCAACACCGUGGCCACCAAGACCGUGGAGGAGGCGGAAAACAUCGUGGUCACCACUGGGGUGGUACGCAAGGAGGACUUGGAACCCCCUGCACAGGACCAAGAGGCCAAAGAGCAAAAGGAGGUUGAAGAGGCCAAGAGUGGAGGAGACUAGAAGGCUCAAGAGACACCCCUCCGCCUUGGACCCUGUCUCAGCAUGGCACACUGAGUGGCCUGCCUAGAGUGCCCCGCAGAUUGCCCACCAUCUCUGUCCUUAGCUCAGUGCCACAAGUCCACGCACGCUACUGCCAGCGCCAGCGCCCCCUGCUGGCUCCUUUUACCCUAUGGUCCUUUUGAUCACCAAUCAGAUGCUGCUGUGAAUUUUUUGUUUUUAAUGAUUCCAAAUAAAACCUGAGCCCCACUCCCA